AUGGCGGUAGCGGCGGCCGGAGGCGGCGGCCGGCUGCAGCGGAGCGGCGCGCUGGAAGUUUUGGUGCGCGACCGGUGGCACCGGGUGUUGGUGACCCUGGGCGGCGAGGCGCUGGUGCUGAGCGGCGAAGAAGGCGGAGGCGCCGCCGCGGCUUACAACGGCAUCGGGGCAGCCUCGGCGGGCAAUGGAACUUUCUGCGGCAGAGGAGCCGGCGGUGGGGCGUCGAGGGCGGCCGCCUCCUCCUCCUCCUGUCCCCUGCCCGGCGCUGGCUCGCCCGAGUCGCCGUCGGAGAGCAGCUACAACAGCAGCGGCAACAACAACGGCGGGAGCCCCAAGCCGGCGCUCGGAGUCCGGACGGCGCUGACCGACUUGCCCGAACAAGUGCCCGAAGCCGUCUCUAACCAGAAGCGGUGCGUCAAGGUGUUGAAGCAGGAGAUGGGCGGCUUGGGCAUCAGCAUCAAAGGGGGCAAAGAGAACAAGAUGCCCAUCCUCAUCAGCAAGAUCUUCAAGGGCUUGGCCGCCGACCAGACCCAGGCGCUCUACGUCGGCGAUGCCAUCCUUACCGUCAACGGCGCGGAUUUGCGCGAUGCCACCCACGACGAAGCCGUGCAGGCGCUCAAGAGGGCCGGCAAGGAGGUCGUGCUGGAAGUGAAAUACAUGCGAGAAGCCACCCCUUAUGUGAAGAAAGGUUCUCCUAUUUCGGAAAUUGGAUGGGAAACUCCUCCCCCCGAGUCCCCCCGUUUGGGCAACCCAACCAUCGAUCCCCUGUUGCCGCUGUCUCUCAAUAUCUACCGAGACAAAAGGACCAUCCCACUCAAAAUGUGCUACGUGACGCGGAACAUGGCUAUGUUAGAUCCAGAAAACAGGUAA